CUCGCUCCGGCUGCAGAACAAUAAAGCAAGCCUCCUAGAGACCCCCGCCGAGGACCCCCGCCUGGCGGCCGAGCACCCGCGGCCCGCCCCUCGCCGCCCGCCCCGGCUGAGCGCGCCGGGUCGCUGGCCGAGGUGCUGGCCGGGCCGGCGCUGGCCGCGGUGCUGAAGCUGCUGGCGCUCCCGCCGCCGCCGCCGCCGCGUUCUCCGGGCCCGGCGCCUCCACCCUCAGGGGCAUGGGGGGUCGCUGACUGAGGCUCCGCCGCGGCGGUGGGGGGGGAGGGGAAGGGGGCCGCGGAGCCGGGCCAGCCCUGCACCCACUCGCAGCCUCCGGGCCCGGGACGGAGCCGCUCCCCCUUCCCCACCCCCCACCCCCCGGCCUCCUCCCCCGCCUGUCCAGGGGCGGCACUGCGGGCUGGGAAGCCGGGACCAGAGGAGGGAAGGAAAGAAGGAAGGAAGGAAGGAAGGAAGAAAAGAAGGAAGGAAAAGAAGAGAAGAGAAGAGAAGAGAAGAGAAGAGAAGAGAAGGAAAAGAGGAGGCCAGAGGAGCAGAGGAAGAAACGCAGGGCAGGCAGGCAGGCAGGCAGGAGGAAGGUACUCCAGCGGCAGCAUCCAAAGGCCAGAGUGGGGACCCGUGCUGCCUCCGCCGCUCCUCGGAUGGUGACGGGGCCCCGCCGCGGCCGCAGCCCCCCCCGCGCCCCGGCUCCGAAGGCCCGCAGCGCCGGAGCCCCGCAGGAAUCAUGCCCAGAUCCUUCCUGGUCAAGAAGGUCAAACUUGACACGUUCUCCUCGGCGGACCUCGAGAGCUCCUACGGGCGCGCCCGCAGCGACCUCGGAGUGCGACUGCAUGAGAAAGGAUACCUCAACGACUACGCGGGGCCCGCCUCCGUCUACGAUGGCGAUGCCGAGGCGGCCUUGCUCAAAGGGCCGUCCCCAGAGCCCAUGUACGCUGCGGCCGUGCGUGGAGAACUGGGCCCGGCGGCCGCGGGCUCGGCACCGCCUCCUACCCCGCGCCCAGAGCUGGCCACAGCCGCGGGCGGCUACAUCAACGGCGACGCGGCCGUCAGCGAGGGCUACGCGGCUGACGCCUUCUUCAUCACCGACGGGCGCUCGCGCCGUAAGGCCGCCAACGCCGCCGCUCCCUCCACGGCCUCUGCCGCAGCUCCCGACUGCGACGGCGGAGGCGGGGCCGGGGCGGGUGCGCGCGGCGCGGGGUCUGGGGCCGGGGGCCGGGGCGGCGCGCGCGGGGGGGUGAGCACGGAGGCGCGCGCGGGGCCCGGGGCUGGCGGCGCAGGGGGCCGGCACGCUUGCGGCGAGUGCGGGAAAACGUACGCCACGUCGUCGAACCUGAGCCGCCACAAGCAGACGCACCGCAGCCUGGACAGUCAGCUGGCGCGGCGCUGCCCGACGUGCGGCAAGGUGUACGUGUCCAUGCCGGCCAUGGCCAUGCACCUGCUCACGCACGACCUGCGCCACAAAUGCGGCGUGUGCGGCAAGGCCUUCUCGAGGCCCUGGCUGCUGCAAGGCCACAUGCGCUCCCAUACAGGCGAGAAGCCCUUCGGCUGCGCGCAUUGCGGCAAGGCCUUCGCCGACCGCUCCAACCUGCGCGCGCAUAUGCAGACGCACUCGGCCUUCAAGCACUUCCAGUGCAAGCGCUGCAAGAAGAGCUUCGCGCUCAAGUCCUAUCUCAACAAGCACUACGAGUCUGCAUGCUUCAAGGGCGGCGCUGGCGGCGGGGGCCCCGCGGCCCAGGCGCCCGCCGCUUCGCCGCGGCUCAGUCCUGUGCAGGCCUAGGGCGGCGGUACGUCCGCCAGCCCAGCCGGGUCGGCUCUCAGCAAUACGGGCCCCCAGGGAAGUCUCCGCCAGCGCCCGGGGCGGAGGGGCCGGAGGGCGGGCCCCACCUCACAGCAAUAGAGGGAGGGGGCCCGGCCCCGCCCCGCCCGCCAGGGGCCUUGUCGGCCCCUUCAAGCAAUAGGGUCCUGAGGGGAGACCCACCCCGAACCCCCUCCCUUCCCCUCCAGGGUGCCCCAGGCUUUUUCCCAGCAAUAGGGUCGAGGAGACCCAGAACCGAACCUCAUCUCCGAGUUAGGUCUCUGAAGACGGGGGUGGGGUGAGGUGGGGAGCACCCCCCUCCUCCCUCCUCUGCGCCCCUGGAUCGCGUCGCAGAGACUCAGGUCUUCCCCACCCCUUUCCCAAGCCUUCCAAGGGCCAGGCCUGCGGCCUAGACGUCCAGGGAGCAGACAGGGGGAGGAGCAGGAGGGAGGGGCCUGCAGAGGCGUCCCUACUCCUCAGUCUUCGCUGACCCCCAGGAGUGAUAGACGCGUUGGGGAUCGGGGAGAGAGGCGGACGGCGGCACCCCUCUCCCUCGGGUUCUUUCUGGGGCCUCAGUCCAAGCCGCUCUCCCACCCUCGCCUCGCAUCCUCUGCCAAAUCCGAAUUCUUCCAGCCCAGCUUCCCGGGCUCUGUCCUUCAUAACGAAUAAUAAUGACGCAUAUCGAAUCGCAUGGACUUAUCCGACCUCCUCCGACCCCACUCCCGCCCUGCCCCGGGGCUCCCUCCCUCGUCCCCGGGCAUUCGGUGUUGGAGGACGGAUCCUGGGGCCCGGCAGGCAGGCCUGGGCACGGCCCAUUACACACCUCUCUGUAUUCGCUUUGCGGGUAAAGCCCCCUGGGGGGGUUGCGGAUGCGUCGGGUUUCUUUCUUUCUGUAUUUGUACGUUUUAUUUAUGAACGGAUUGCACUCGGGUCAGGGAAGGGGCGCUGAGGCCCCCAUCCUUCCCGCCGACGCCGGGGGCUUGGGAUGUCCGGGAUCAUUUUCCCCGCCCCUGAACCCCGCCCCUACCUGGGCCCCACCCUCGAGCCCCAGGCCCCGCCCCCACUCUGUUGCCAACUUUCGCCCGUCUAUGCCAAAGCCUCGGCGGCGACCCCGCCCCAAGGGCCCGCCCCAUUGGCCGCCGCCUUUGUGACGUCACUGCAUGCAGCCCCAACCCUCCUCCCGUCCCCUCCCGGGGCUGCCCGCUCCCUCUCCCUCUAGUUAGUCCGAUGCCGACUAUAGAGCAAUAAUGCGCACUGCAUGCGAAGCUGCCGCCGCCUCUAGAGUUACUGAGAAUCAGGUAUCCCCCUGCCCUAUCCACCCCAUAGGCCCCUAGAUCAGGGACAUUGCGCGGGGCCGGACGCGCAGACUUUCUUCCCCUCCUCCUCCCUACCCCCCACGGCAGAGCCCUGCGGGUGUAAUGGUUCCAGGGGCGGGGGCGGGGUGGUUGCCCCCAAGACCCCUCCUUCAGUCAUCCAUCACCCACCGACUGUUCAUUGGGCACUUACGUGCCAGGCCCGCUGCAGAGUCGGCCAGGGAUGCAGCGACCUGCAGGGGGUGCAUGUUCGCAACAGGGGUCCAUCAGGUUUGGGUGGGCCAAGGAGAGCUGCAUAUAUGCAGAGAAAGGCCUGGUCCCUAGACCCAACCCUGCAUCCCCCUUACCUCUUCCCGCCCCAGCCCAGGUCCAGUGCUGGGUGCAAUUGGGCUCUACCCAUUGACUUGCGCCUGGUGUUCUCAGCUCAGGUGGCCCAGACCCAGGGCCCGAAGGGCCCAGCACGACCAGGGCCACCCAUACCGACUCUCAGUCCUUCCAUCUUCUGGCCACCUGGGCUUUGCUGUGUGGGGCCAGGGCCCCAGGCCAGACAAAAGGUGCACGCUGGAGUGUAUGACCUGGUCAGCCCCAUCCCAGUGGGCACCAAGCUGCUACCUAGCUGCACCUGCAGGAGCGGACUGAGGGCUCAGCACAGCAGGGCCCAUAUCCCAAGCCCUCUGUACCACAACUCGGAGUCCACACAGCUCCAAGCUGGGGCCUGCCCUCCUGUGCUGGGGACACCCGCAUGCACACGCACACACAGGCGCCCCACCCUACCCCCAUAUGCCUGUCUACCUACCUAAGGAGAAGGCCAGAGGGCCAUGGGCCGGCCAGGGUCUCCCGCUUCUCCCUACACCCCGCCGCCGUGGAAAGCCAUGGGCCCCCUCCUGCCCCCAUAACUAAGCAGCACAAUAACCGACUUAGCGAAUUCAGGUAGAAGGAACGUUUAGGUAGCACCUAUUUUGUACUGAUUCUACGAGUAGGGCCCGAGAUGCGGGGGCCCUCGGGUGGGGGUUGCGGCCGCCGGCCUGCCCCGCCCCCACCCCCCGCCUGCGCCCCGCCGCCUUGUACAUACUCCCACCCGGAACAGGCCGGGAUUUUUACUCGGGCCGCGCCCCUCUUCCGCCCCCGUUUGGGGCUGGGCCGGCCGGACAGACGGACGGACGGACAGACCUCCUUCCUAAGCACAAUAGCACCAGCUCCCUGGAGCGCCGCACCUCCACAAGGAGAAUAAAUGCCACUCUUGAUAGAACUUGGAGUGUCGGGUUGAUGUAUCCAGUGCUGGGCCCAUGCCACAGGGGGCGCUGGGAUAUCCGGGGGUCGUCUUCCCAGUCCUGCUGCAUCCCAGAGGCAAGACUGCUGCAGGCGCAGUGCUGGGAAUGGCAGCCCUGGGGUCUGGUCACUGCCUUUGUGUAGGGUGCACCAGUGUCCCUUUUCACAAGAGGGCUAUCUUCGUCCUCCCAGAAGGGCCAGCUUGGCAGGCCAAGCCGUGGGAGAAAUCCCCUGAAGGCAAAGCAGUUGGCAUUUGUCCUGUGGCAGGUUAAUCUGCUCUGUGCCAGGAACUGAGGGAGCUAAGGGUCUCCAGCCUGAAGUCAGGCCCAGCCCAGAAGUGAUCUAGAGUCACCAGAGUAGGUACGGCAGGGCUUGCAGACCUAUGGCUUACUCUCCCUGUAGGGG